AUGUCGUUCGAUCUUAACCAUAAAUUUUGGGUCUACACGCGCAAGGAAAUUGGCCAACUAAUCAAGAAGCAGAACCGCCUGAAGAAGAUUGAGCCGCCAGAGGAAAAGGCUAUAUCGUAUAAAAUUUACGCAGAGCUCUAUGUUUUGUAUGUGGAGCUGGUCGAUAAGUUAAGUUUCAUAUACCACAAUACUUUCCAAGUGCAAAAGCGGGCAUUGGUACGAGUUUUGGUGGAGAAUGCCACUCAGCAGCUAAUGCAACUCAAGGAGGAGUUAAAAGACCUGGAAAUGAGCGAAUACGUAUACAUAGAUAAGGCGCUGAUCGCUAGGAAGCUAACACCACGGGACCUGGUCGUAUGGAGGUCACCACAAUUCCUUUACCGUCGCCCGUUGGACAUUCAAAAUAUCAUAGCCGACAACCGAUUGUACAUGAACGAUGAGGAAAAGGAAGAAAAGGCAGCCCAGGAUUGGGUUCCGAUCAGUGAGGCCGUCAAGCUUAUCCAAGCUCACGAGAGGGCGCGCCGAGCUCGGGUUUACAAGUCGAACAUAAAGUACGACAAGAAAAAGUUCCUCAAGGUCCAUCAAAGAAAGAAAAUCAAUUACAAAUUCACCUUUAAGCCUGAUCAGGCAAUGAGUAUUCCCGUGAAGCGAACCAUUUUUUCAGCUGACUUCUUGAAGGCGGACGAGUCCUGCGAAAACCUCAUUAAAAAGGAUGAUGGAGCGGAUACCGCAAUAGAUGAUGAGGAAGCCUUAAGUGCAAUACAGAACAAUGCUGCUUGUAAAAUCCAAAGUUGUUGGCGUGGCUACAAGACGCGGAAAAUAGUCAAGAUAAAGAAGCGGUUCAGGGAGGAACUGUAUGGUAUGAAGAAAAUGAGGAAACUGAAGCGACCUAAUCAGAAGGCAAAUUCUAUUAUGGAAAUGUACAAGAACGAGAUGCUCAAGAAGAAGCUGGAUGAGGACUUCAUCAACUUGAUCAACGAUGAGCGCACCCGACUGCUGCAAGUCCGAAGUCCAUGGAUGAUGGAAGACAUAUCCGAUCAUAUCCGGGCAUGGUUCAAGGAAUUCUACGACGCGACUGGGAAUUUUCAUCCUUAUCCCGAUCCUGUAAAACAAGGAACGGUACUGGUUGUCAUUGAUGAAACAAUGACCCCAAUGGAAUUUCAGGAAUCCCUUGGUAAAAAGCCACUGUCAAAAGCUGAGCUGAAGAAACUUCGCGAUAAGGAGAAGAAAGAGAAGAGGAAAAAGAAGGAAAAGCUAAAACAGCUGAAAAUUAAGGAAGCUAAACGUCGGAAGAAAUUGAGGGACGCUGGAGUCAUCGAUAUUGGCUACGAACUAACUGCAAGCAAGGCAAUUGAAAACAUUGAAGAGACAAUGAAGAGGUACUCCAAGGACUGGAGAAAUGUCGAUGAAUAUCUGAACAAGAAUCAUGACCCCAUCAAGGAAUGGGUUACAGAGGAGCAACUGGCAAAGAUUCAUCAGGAAGUGAGGGGCUUGGUCGACGAAUACAUGAGGGUUGAGUAUGAGUUGCUGCGGGAGGCCUUGGCGAAGGAUAACGAUGAGAAGUACAAGGCUCUCAAGGUGAAGUAUCCCAAGAAGAAGAAGGAGAAGAGGAAGAAGAAGCCCAAGGACAUGACAGGCGAUAGGACACUGGAAUCCCUGUACAAUGAGCUCAAAGAUGCCGGCAUAAUAGAGGAAAUCGGUCAUCGAGACUUUGAUGAGUUCAUAACGGACUUCAACUUUGUGGCAGACGACACUCGAGAUGAAGAUAACUUAACCACAUUGGGUCCAGCAAAGGGUGACAUUAAAAUGGUUAUCCAAGAGUCGAUGCUGGGAAUGGGCGAAUUCGAUGUUCCGAAGCCGAAGUCCCUGUUGCUAAUUGGACCUCUGAAUAGCGGAAAACGAUUGUUGUGUGAAAUCAUUGCAUCCGAACUAGAUGCAGUUUUUAUGAACCUAAGUCCCGAGAAUACCUACAAAUAUGCCAAAGACUUGAAGUACUUCCUGCAUGUUAUUCUAAAAGUGGCUAAGGCCUUUCAGCCCACCAUAAUGUACAUCGAGGAGGCGCAUAGACUGUUUUGGAAAAAGGUUCCGCCUGAGGCAGUGGAUAUUAACCCCAAGCUGCUGGGCACCUCAUUAGCUAGCAAGAUCUUGAAACCAUUGAAGAAAAAUGACAAAAUUGUACUAGUCGGCACGAGUAACAUGCCCUGGGCGGCCAAUGGAGGCAUCAAGCGAGCGUUCCAAAAAGUCCUGCUUAUUCCGAAGUGCGAUUACGGCACUAGCUUCCUGCUGUGGCUAGAACUGAUGACCGAGAACGCCCCAGAUGACAUGAAGGAGUACGCCUACUCCGCACUGGCACGCGUCCUGCAGGCGUACAACUCCGGCGACAUUGAUGAUAACGUAAAGGAGACCUUGAAUAUCGACCGUAGGAUGCGACUCAAGAAUGAGGCAUUGGAUCCGAACGAGUUCCUUGAGUAUUUCCUGAGCAAGAAUGAGCCUCCCAUUUUCCCUCCAGAUGAGAAGAUAAUGGAUAAGUUCGAUAAAUGGUUCGGCAGCGCGAACAAGCUGCAAAAGCUGAGAAAAUCGUAUAUGGCUCAAAAGUUGGCGAAGGCAACCAAAAAGAAAUAAAUAAAUAAGUUUAAAACAU